AAGUAAUAAAUUGAAGACCGUGUAACUUAGGCCUUGUGGACAUGUUGCCCACCCUCAUGGCAAAUCAAAACCAAAGAGAGUGUGCUGAAUUCUCGAUCAGUUUCAUUCAUUGGAAGAUAUGGGAACAUUAGAACAAAUUGAUGCCCCUCAAACCAGGUCAUCAUCAUCUUCAUCUUCUUCCAUUGAUAGCAACAACCACCCUUCUAGGACUAGGACUCCACCACCCUCUUCCCCUUCAUCAAGUGCCUGCAGAAACAGAACUGAUUUGAGCACUGACCUCAGACUUGGUCUUAGCAUCUCUCCUUCUUCUCAAUCUGAAUUACCCUUCAAUUCAACACCAAGGGAGGAAAGUUUUGACUGGCCACCAAUUAAGUCUAUAUUGAGGAGCACCCUUGUGGGGAAACAAAGCCAUCUGAGCCAAAGACCCUCCUUGUUUGUCAAAGUGUACAUGGAAGGCAUCCCCAUAGGAAGAAAAUUGAAUCUGAUGGCACAUUAUAGCUAUGAUGGACUAGUGAAAACUCUUGGCCAUAUGUUUAGGACUAACAUUCUCUGUCCUAACUCUCAACCACUUAAUUCUAGGAAUUUUCACGUGCUAACUUAUGAGGAUCAAGAAGGGGACUGGAUGAUGGUUGGAGAUGUGCCGUGGGAGAUGUUCUUGAACAGUGUGAAGAGGCUGAAGAUCACAAGAGCUGACAGAUGCUAGUUAAUUUAAUAAUGUAUACAAUCUCUCUCACAACACAAGCUCCUCCUCAAUUUUCAUUGUUCAUAAAUUUUUGCUGUAGAUCUAGUUAUUAAUUAGUGGGUUGGUGAAACUCGUUGAAGUAUUUCACCAAAAAGAAUGGAUCCCGUGAUUAUCAUAUAUCUAAUAGCUUUAUACACCGAAAAACAAUAUAGAUGUGUAACUUCUUACCUAAUUCUCAAUUCAGUACAUAGCUGCAGUAUUCUUAGUCUCUCUGUUUGAUGAUGGAGUCAUCUAAUUUUCCUCUUUGUUUUGGAACUAGCUCCAUUAUUUUGUAGUCAUUUGGAACAAUGCAUCUCCCUUUUGUCUUCAUACCUUUAAUGCAUGAUGUUUCUUGGUGUC